AUGGCACUCUUUAGCCCACUACACAAGCUUUCGCCGAUGAUGGAUGAGAACGAUGUCAUCCGAAUGGAAGGAAGGUCUGCUCACGCCGAAUUCAUACCGUUUGAACUGAGAUUCCCGAUUGUACUACCCAAAAACCACGAUAUUACUAAGAAGCUGCUGAUAUUUUACCACAAGAAGUUUGGUCAUGCCAAUCGUGAAACCGUGGUAAACGAGGUGCGUCAGCGUUUUUACAUCCCGAACGUGCGAGCAGCGGUGCUGCAGGUGAUACGGGAAUGCAUAUGGUGCCGAGUCUACAAGUGCAAGCCCAAGUUCCCGAGGAUGGCUCCAUUGCCCGAUCAGCGACUUGUCCCGAAUAUGCGGCCGUUCAGCUUUGUAGGGAUCGACUACUUCGGGCCAAUCAGCGUGACUGUAGGACGACGGUCGGAGAAGAGAUGGGUGGCGCUGUUGACUUGUUUCACCACAAGAGCUAUCCAUAUGGAAGUCGCCCAUAGCCUCACCAGUCAGGCUUGCAUUAUGGCGAUUCGUCGAUUCAUAUGCCGACGAGGAGUUCCGCUGGAGUUUUUUUCUGAUAAUGGGACAAAUUUCCAAGCCGUCAGCAAGGAGUUUGGUCUGCUGGGCCAGCAAAUUGACAUUGCCUGCGCAGAAGAAUUCACAGAUGCCAGAACACAGUGGCAUUUUAACCCGCCUUCAGCUCCCCACAUGGGUGGGAGUUGGGAGCGACUGGUGCGUUCUGCAAAAGAAGCGAUGAAGGCGCUCGACGACGGUAGGCGUUUAACGGAUGAAGUGUUGCUGACAGUUUUGGCCGAAUCGGAGGAGAUGAUUAAUUCACGACCGUUGACGUAUGUGCCUCAAGAAUCAGCGGAAGCCGAAGCUUUGACUCCAAAUCAUUUCCUUCGAGGACUGCCAGCAAAUGUACUCAAAUUGGAGCCAGCCGCAGUUGACCAAGCAAGGGCUCUGAGGGACCAAUACAUAAGAUCACAGCAGUUGGCAGACUUGCUGUGGCAAAGGUGGGUGAAAGAAUACAUCCCGAACAUAAAUCAGCGCACUAAGUGGCAUGGCGAAAGCCAACCGAUCGCUGUAGGAGAUUUGGUCUACAUUACAGAUAGUGGCAAUCGGAGAAGCUGGACUAGGGGAAUCAUUGAGCAGCUGAUUCAAGGAAGAGACGGUCGAAUUCGCCAAGCAUUGGUGAGGACCAAUCGGAAAGUGCUGCGUCGACCGGUGACCAAAUUGGCGGUGCUGGAACUCGGUAGUAAAUCUGCCCAAGGAACCGAGCCUAGACCAGAGUUACGGGCGGGAGAUUGUUAG